GCUGUCAGUGUGAUCGGGGUGGGUGUGAGGUCCGCUGUGCCUGUGUGCGAUCACCUGCAGGAGGAGAGGAGCGAGCCGUACACCCGGACAGGAGCUGAGCUGGUGCUGCAGAAGAUGUCAGACGGCAUGAUAGGGAACACUGACAGUCCGCCAGUCCCGCCCCAGCGGAUCGCCAGCACUUAUAUUGGAUCGAAUUCCAAGGACGGCAGCACUGGAAGCCAUGUCUUGAAACCAUUGCCUCCAAAUCCAGAUCAGCAGAAAGCCAAGUGGAAACCCACGCUGUUCCCAAUCUCUGGAGCUGGAGAUAAAGGUGGUAAAAAGACUGUGAGACCAGAGAUUUCCAACCCCUGGAACUUUGAACACCCCAUUCAUGUUGGAUACAAUCCUGUCACUGGAGAAUUCACUGGUAUGCCGGAGCAAUGGGCGCGAUUACUGCAAACCUCCAACAUCACCAAACAAGAGCAGAAGAAGAACCCGCAGGCAGUGCUGGACGCCCUCGAAUUUUACAAUUCCAAGAAAAGCACCAACAGCCAGAAGUACAUGAGCUUCACGGAAAACUCUCCUGCCUUCAGUUCAUCUGUAAGCCCGAAUUCAACAGGUGCAUCAGAGACUCCCGUUUUUGAAGAUAUCAAAGAGCCAGACUCACCGCCCGCAGUCGCUCCACGUCCUGAGUACACCAAAUCGAUAUAUACUCGCUCAGUGGUUGUACCCACACCGCCGGCCAAGGAUGAGGCUUCUUCAGAACCAACAGAAAACAGCAUGCCAUCGGUAGACAACGCGGCCAAAGGAGCGGAUAGGUUGAAGAAGAAACCCAAGAUGACAGACGAGGAGGUCCUGGAAAACCUAAGAACCAUUGUAAGUGUGGGAGACCCAAAGAAAAAAUACACACGGUUCGAGAAGAUUGGGCAAGGGGCAUCUGGGACGGUGUACAUUGCAGUUGAAGUGGCCACCGGUCAGGAGGUGGCUAUUAAACAGAUGAAUCUUCAGCAGCAGCCGAAGAAGGAGUUAAUUAUCAAUGAGAUCCUUGUGAUGAGGCAAAACAAGAACCCGAAUAUUGUCAACUAUCUGGACAGUUACUUGGUCGGGGACGAGUUGUGGGUCGUUAUGGAGUACCUGGCUGGUGGCUCUCUCACCGAUGUGGUGACAGAAACUCUCAUGGAUGAAGGACAGAUUGCAGCUGUAUGCAGAGAGUGUCUGCAGGCCCUGGAAUUCCUGCACGCCAACCAAGUCAUUCAUCGGGAUAUCAAGAGCGACAACAUCCUGCUGGGCAUGGAUGGAUCGGUCAAGCUAACUGACUUUGGCUUCUGUGCCCAGAUCACCCCAGAGCAGAGUAAACGAAGUACAAUGGUCGGCACGCCAUACUGGAUGGCCCCUGAAGUAGUCACUCGUAAAGCUUAUGGCCCUAAAGUGGACAUCUGGUCUCUGGGCAUCAUGGCUAUAGAGAUGAUAGAAGGAGAGCCUCCUUAUCUGAAUGAGAAUCCACUCCGGGCAUUGUAUCUUAUUGCAACCAACGGAACCCCAGAGCUCCAGAAUCCAGAGAAGUUGUCAGUGACGUUCCGGGAUUUCCUGAACCGCUGUCUGGAGAUGGAUGUGGAGAAGAGGGGCUCCGCCAAAGAACUACUUCAGCACCCGUUCCUGAAGGUGGCCAAACCUCUGUCUAGCCUGACGCCUGUAAUACUGGCAGCCAAGGAAGCCAUAAAGAACAGCCACUGAGCGAUGAAGUCACUACUACUGUUGUUGUUGGCCUGGCUCUCUGCGAUGGGACUGAUGGGACUGUUUUUGGCCUGUUUUUGGCCUCCUUUUAUUGUGUCUUCAGGCCGUGGGACACCAGGCAGCCUCCUCUGGAAGCACAAAGCACGAGGCCUCUUCUCUGGACUCGCACAGGACUGUGAACUCUGUUUUAUAUGUGAUAACAUUUUGUCAGCGUCUAUUUAAAUUCAUUUUUUAUGAUGUGGAGCCUUGAUUGCUGAUCUGAGUAAAUUAAACCACCUUGUUCUUCAA